AUGGACUUAAAACAUCAAGCUUCUGCUUCAACAUCAAUAAAAUCUGCUAUUGAAGUUCAAGAUGAUAGAAUCAAACAUGAUAUCUUCAAUGAUAAACCAGAUUUAUCCCUUAAAGCGAUUCGGAAAUAUUUUGCCACUCGGUUUUCAACUUUAUUUGAUAUUCCUGUAUUAAAAUCUGAAGAAAGAUGGUAUGAAAUAAUUAAUCCUAUUCCUGGAUUAAAAUCAAUGUCAAAACAAGAUUAUAAUUUUUACUUUUUAGGAUUUUUAGCUUGGUCAGUUGAUUCCAUGGAUUUCUUUUGUGUUUCGGUUUCUGCUCCUGAUAUUGCAAAAACUUUAAAUGUUAGUAUUACUAAAGUUACAUGGGGUGUUACUCUUGUAUUAAUGUUUAGAUCGGUUGGAGCAACGAUAUUUGGAUUAAUUAGUGAUUAUUAUGGUCGGAAAUGGCCUUUCAUUGUGGUUUGUUUCUUAUUUAUUAUUAUUGAAAUUGCAACUGGAUUUGUUAAGACUUAUCCUCAAUUUUUAGCAGUUCGAGCUAUAUUUGGUAUAUUAAUGGGAGCAAUGUAUCCAAUUGCCAGUGUUACAGCAUUAGAAAAUCAACCACCAAAAGCAAAAUCAAUACUUUCGGGAUUAUUUUUACCAGGUUAUAAUUUAGGUUAUAUUUUUGCAAUGAUUUUCUAUAGAGCAUUUGAAAAUAGUUAUAAACCAGGAGAAGGAUGGAGAGCAUUAUUUUGGUUUAGUUCAGUAGGGGGAUUUUUACUUAUGAUCUGGAGAUUUUUCGUCCCUGAAUCAGAAGCAUUUUUAAGAUUAAAACAAAGUAAAAAGAUUCUUAAAUCUCAUGGUCAAAUCACAGGUAAAGGAUUGUUUAAAUCAUUUGAUAAAAGUAUUCUUAUUACGAUUAGAACCGAAUGGGUAUUAUUUAUUUAUCUUGUUAUUUUAAUGGGAAUUUUCAAUUUCACAACUCAUGGAUCUCAAGAUCUUUAUGUGACGAUGCUUACCAAUCAAUAUGGUAUAAGUCUUAAUCAAAAGACGGUUAUUAUUGUGGUGUGUAAUCUUGGUGGUAUUGUGGGAGGUAUAACUCUUGGACAAUUAAGUGAAUUAUUUGGAAGAAGAUUAACUAUUUUAAUAGGAACGAUUGGAGCUGGAGCCUUUUUAUAUCCAUCAUUUUAUAAUUCAAAACAGAAUUAUCCCGCUUAUUUCUUUUUAAAUUUCUUUGUGAUGGGAAAUUUUGGGGUGGUUCCAAUUCAUUUAUUAGAAUUGGUUAAUGCUACCCAUAGAACAUUUUUAUCGGGGGUGGUUUAUCAAUUAGGUAAUCUUGCUUCAUCGGCUGCUAGUACGAUCGAAGCUAAAUUAGGACUGAAUUUCCCUAUUAAAGGUGGUAAGCCUGGAGCUUAUAAUUAUGGGAAAGUGAUGUGUAUAUUUUCAGGAGCUAUAUUUGCUGCUAUGUUAGUUGCUAUUAUAUUAGGACCUGAAAAUUUUCAUCGUGAUUUAAAGAUUCAUACUGACAUUACUGAUGAACCAUUAGAAGACGAUGAAUAUGAUGAAGAUUAUAGUGAAGAGCACCAUCUGAUAGAGAAGAUGAAAGUAGGUGUUGAACAUAGAGAGGAGGUAUAG